GACAACGGAAGGUACAAAGACGCGUCGGUCGAAAGAUAAAAGAAAAUACGAACGUAAACCAAUCACGAGCGUUCCGAUUCCGUAUUGCGCACGUUCCGCGCCCAUGGGACCGCACGGAUGUAAACAGACCGUCAGUGGCGUCAGUCAGAUUUGAAACGAAAGCAGCUGUUACAUCCACGAUGGAGACAGAAGAGCUUUGUAGUGUCAAUAUUUCUCCGUUGGUGACUUGCCCAUUUGCGAUACAAUGGUCAUCUGAUAAUCAGAUCCUGAUAAUUACGGAAAAGGGCGUCCAUGUAUUUCUGGUGGAACCGUCGCCUAUGUCGCCGAAUCCAACUUUCAAAUUUGCCCGGUCUUUCAUACAUCCUUGCGACGAUUUUCCAGCGUGUGCAUUUGCGGACGAGACGGACUCGUUGUGGAAUUUAAUGCGCGAGGACAUUUAUUCGCUUCUCAUGAACGAUCGCGUUACGCCGAAAUUGGAUGGGGUAACUAAUAAGUUCCCGAGGAUAGUAAGGGCGGCGUGGUCGCCUGGAAAUUUCAUCUCUCCGAGUCAAUGCGUGUUAGCGAUAUUGAGCUCAGCAGGUGUGGUUGAGUUGCUGCACAAAGUGUCUAACAAUUGGUACUCCAUAUGCAACGUUUCGUCCUUUCGAUUAAAAAUGAUACAAGAUGGCAAAAUGAAUAAAUGUGAUCUUGAUGAGAAAUCAAGUGACCAGAGUACACAAAUAGUUGAGAGCGUAAGGAAAUUACAAGCUUGCUCCAUGACCUGGAGUGAACUUUUCAAAGUAGAAGAGGCCUCGUUCGUAUACUUUUCCGUAGCUUAUUGUAACGGCGAUAUAUUCGUUUGGAAGAUUCCUAGAAUAUCAGAUUUGACCAAAAGCGUAGAGCUCGUAUGUGUCGGCACAAUAUAUUUAGACGACGCGUUAAAAUCAAAUGUAUUAUGUUGGAUCACUGUUGAUGUAAACCAAUAUCUGAUUAUUGUCGGAUAUUAUGAUGGUACAAUACGUGGUAUAAGAUUAACAGAUAGGGACAAUCGUCUUCAGAUGACAUCGGCAGAAAAAUACGUCGCUCCUGAUCACAUAGCAGUAGAUUAUUUACAUACAAUUUCCAAAGAUAAAUCAGAGAUAAAGAUUCUCGCUGCCAAAGGAUGUUUCCUCUUGUUUUUACGUUUGAGUUCGAUAGGCGAAUUGAAGGGUAUACGACACUUGCGCGUGCAAGGACGCGUUACAGGUGUAAUUCCGUUUGUUGAUGAGCAAUUCUUAAUUACCACGCAGAACAGUCACAUUUUUGUCGUUAACACGCAAUCGAACGAUUUAGUUAAUAUCAAUAUUGGUAGCGAUUUACCACAGACACGUGUUCAAUAUUUAGGACUCGCUUAUUCGCCAAAUAAAGUAAUAUUUGCAAGGAUAACAAGUCCAAAUACAGUAUAUGAUCAUCUGGUGACGAGGGAGCCAAGUACAAUACAUUUGUUCACUUUGAAAGCCGCAAUAUGUGAUCCAUGGUCUAUUAUUGAAAAUGGUACAAAUCUUGGAAGCAUCUGGGAUUGUAUGGAAGUCCUCAGGCUAAAAGCUGCCAAGGCAGAUGAUCCGUGUACGGUACUUCGUCCAAUUCCGAGGAAUCUUGAGUCGCUGUCACUCUACAAAUUGCAAGUGUUUAUGUGGAUGGCAGUGAUAAUGAACGUAUGCACAACAAAAAAGCCAAUGCCGAAUAUACAUCACGUAAAAGAGUGUAAAAUAACAGAAGCACUGCCGUUAAUUUUCCUACAUUCCGCUUGUACGUAUCUGGAGAAUGCGACAAAGAAAAGUACGCUGUCGGAGGAUCAAAUGUUCGCCGUGUUUAUGCUAAGACGACAUCUGCAGAUACACCGGGAUGAAGGUGCAAAAAACGAACAUGUGAAUCAACGCAUUCGGGAAAUCUUGAACACGACUGCCUUCUAUCCGAACCAGAUUGAAAAGUGCAACCUAUGUGGUGAAACGAUAGACGAGAUAUAUGUCAGGUCGUGUCCGCAGGGUCAUAUGUUGUCUAGAUGUUGCACAACGUUGUUGCAGAUAAUGUUAUUGGAGUACCGUGUCUGCCCAAUAUGCAGCCAAAUCUUUCACCCGUGCUUGCAAGACAUGUACGAAGAGCCGCGAUGUCAGUUCUGCGACGUACCUAUUUUACACAAUGCAUACGACUUUGACGCGGAACAUUCGGAGCUGUACGGGAGAAAUUUGUCGCUGCCGCGAAUUGAGGACAUUGAGGCAUCACAGGAAUCGAGAGAUACAGAAUUGGAAGAAUCAACUGACAGCCAAAAACCAAGUAAAUGGGAUACCUCUCACGCGUCUUCUGUAAUUGUGAAUGACGACGACGACGAGUCUGGAAUUACAGAGAAAUGGGAGGAAUUUUAAUGUGGCAUUAGAUAUUAAUUUAACAACAUACACGCGUACGGUAAGGAACGAAAACACUUAACAUUUGUACACUUUUGUAUUUAUAAAUAAAUUCAACAUAAUUAUGAA